CGCGCUUGAUUUUCUAUUAUCUAUGCUAUUAUGGCGACUUCGAUAGAUCGCGUUGCGCGGUAUUGCGUGAUACGAUUGUUGAUUCCCGUUAGAAUAUGGCAAAAGGUGAUAAAGAGUUAGAAAAACCAAUAGUGAAUAAUGAACUACCUAAUCCGGAGUGUCGGAGCACGGACCAUGAAGACUCGGAGUCGACACAGGAGCAGCCUCUCGACAUCGGAGAGCAUUAUUUGGUGCGGCGUUCGGAUGAGUCAUGGCACCCGGCUGAGAUUAUACAGACGCGAUACAAUGCCGCGGAGGGCUGCUACGAGUAUUAUGUGCACUAUGUGGGCUACGAUAGAAGGCUCGAUGAAUGGGUAUCCCGCCACAGGGUUAUGUCAGAUAGAUUCGACAUGUGCGAACAGUCGAACAACAACAUAAACUGUGAUCACCUGCUGACGGACAAGUCCGGCCGGAAGAUAACAAGGAACCAGAAACGUAAACACGAUGAAAUCAAUCAUGUUCAGAAGUCUUACGCGGAGAUGGACCCCACAACAGCGGCGCUCGAGAAGGAACACGAAGCUAUCACUAAAGUUAAAUACAUCGACAGGAUCCAGUUUGGUAAAUACGAGAUAGAUACGUGGUACUUCAGCCCCUACCCUGACGAAUAUGGCAAACAAUCAAAGCUUUGGAUAUGUGAGUACUGCCUCAAAUAUAUGAGAAUGGAGAAAACAUACAGGUAUCAUCUGAGCGAGUGCACGGCGCGACAACCGUUAGGUAGUGAGAUAUACAGGAAAGGAACAAUAGCCAUAUUUGAAGCAGAUGGCAAGGAACACAAAAUUUACUGUCAAAAUCUUUGUUUAAUCGCUAAAUUAUUCUUAGAUCACAAAACAUUAUAUUUUGAUAUAGAGCAGUUUCUAUUUUACAUUCUGUGUGAAGUUGAUAAGCAAGGUGCACAUCUCGUUGGCUAUUUUUCUAAAGAAAAGGACUCUCCGGAGGGUAACAAUGUUGCUUGUAUAUUGACGCUACCACCGUACCAGAGACAAGGCUAUGGUAAGCUGCUUAUAGCAUUCAGUUACGAGUUGUCCAGACUAGAACAUGUUGUGGGUAGUCCUGAGAAGCCAUUGUCAGACUUGGGCAAGUUAAGUUACAGGUCCUACUGGUCAUAUGUCCUGCUAGAAGUAUUAAGUGUGAGCAGAGGCACCUUGAGUAUCAAAGAUCUGAGUUCUAUGACAGGAAUAUCCCAGACAGAUAUUAUAUCUACACUCCAAUCUAUGAAUAUGGUUAAAUAUUGGAAAGGGCAGCAUGUAAUAUGUGUUACACCGAAGAUAGUAGCUGAGCAGUUAGCUAGCUCUCAUUUCAAGAAGCCCCGCUUGACUGUAGACCCUACCGCAUUGAGAUGGACUCCUCCGCACAAGCAAGGGAACUCAGCGAAAGCCAAAAAGUAGUACAGGCUAACAGGCACAGCUUAGAGAAUACUUAAAAAAUAAGUCACCACCAAAGGACUUUUCUCUAAAUGCUGGCCUGUUCAAAAAAUACAAGGAAAUAGGUAACCAAUAAAUAAUAUUUAAUGUGCUAUGAUGUAAUUUUAAUAUCAAUAAUUUGUAUGCAUAUUUCCAAAUGAAUGGAAUGUGAAUUUUUUCAGACUUUAGUAUUUCCAGGUAUGUGAUUAUCUUUUUCUUUUUAUGGGAACUGACAACUGAUUGAUGUUAAAAAUACAUCUGAAGCUGUAUGCAGUGUAUAGAUCAUUGCUAGAGUAUUAUUGGUAAGUUACGAAUCAUUUUUGCUUUAAAGCCGCGUACGCACGUACGAACAAAUUUGUUGCGUUACAUGGUAUGCAACAACUUGGUUCGCACGUUCGUACCACUAUCGAACAUCGAACACUCUGUUCGUCAAACAUGUUCGCGGCGAUCCUUGUAGUGUGUUCUGUAUGGACGGUGUUCGAAGCGCUUUAAUAACUUCACAAUCGACCACUUCCAACGGCGCCGUCAUGGCUACUAAGAUAGAGUUCACGACUGUUGGUCGCGAACUCGACUCGAACUAUGUUUGCGUUCGUGUUCGAAUAUGCCGUCCAUACGUACGAACCAAAUGUUCGGGUCUGGUGUUUGUGUUCGCUAUGUUCGUGUUCGUACGUGCGUACGCGCCUUAAGGAAAUCAAAUGUUCUGUGGCAUUUGCUGUUGAAGAAGAUAUAGAAUUAAAAUUGCUAUAAAGAUAUACCAGUGAAGGAAUAACAAAGCAUUUGGAAGUAACAGUAGAGUAGUCAUAAUAUAGAAAAUUAAGAAAAAAAUUAUAAUAUUGUAAACAAAAAAAAAAGGAUAUAAGUGCAUGACAAAGCCUUAAUAGUAGAUUUGGCUUUAAGUCUCAGUUCUCCAGUAUGUUUUGGUUAAAGCAUGAAUAACAUUGUAAAUAUAGCUCAUUGGACCAUUGUAAUGUGACUAUAAAAUAUGUGUAUAUCAUAUAAUAUCAUGUUAAUGACCAAUUACAUGCGUUAUGUAUGUAGUUGACUCAAACCACUUAUUAUGUCACUAUUUGUAUUCAUAAUUGCACUUUUGUAAGUGGUAGAUUGUAACAAAUCAUAGUUUGUACCUAUUUCUUAAUGUAAAAGCUGCAAACAGUCUAUUAGCUGUCCAUUUUUGCCAGUUGUAUUUUUUAUAUUCAUCAAUGGUUAUUUUUAUAAUGUUGUAGACUGGUAACUCUUAAUGUCUUGUCAUAAUUGUGGGAUAAAAUAAGUAUUAUUGUCGUUUUUACUGCAGAUAUUCAAAUAAAUAAGCUAAAAUUUACUUAUUAAGCAGGUCAUUUACAUUAUAGAUAAUUAUGAUAAGAUAGGUACAAAAUUCAUGAAUCUUAGAGUUGCCAGAAGUCAAAUGAAAACUUCAAUGUUAGGUAAUAAGAGUUGGUUUCAUUUGAUAUCAAAUUGACUAACAUGAAUAACUGAUUCAAGUAUUUUAAACUCGUUUUAUCCACACGUUGUGUAAACAUGAUGAGAUAAUAUUCUAAUUAGAAUGCCAUUGACCUUCCAUUUCGAUUUUUCUCCAGUGUGAUAUCAGAACUUGUGGUUUGGAAGCAGAAUUCAAAUGAAACAAACUCUUGUUACCUCUCUCAUCCCAAAGUUUUAACUGUAAACUAGAUCUGUAUGCUACAACUUGUUCAGUUCCUUUUAUACUGGUAACAGUGAUACUAAUGGUUAAGUUUUAAUUAAGUUUCUACAGUGAUGAUUGAAACUGUCUGACAGUAUGCAUCUUUAAUUUAGCUUUAAGUAAACUAGCGUCGUUUAUAUGUUUUACGACUAUUUCUGUAACACAGAUGUUACAAAAACUUAGUUAUAAGUAGAUGUGUUUAGGUGUAGUGAUAAAGUAGCGCAACUGGCAAUUUUGCGCAGUUUUUCCAUUUCAAAUUUGCCUGAAAAUAUCUCAAAAAUGUAAUGUUAUUCAUUGUUAAAAAAAUUCAUCACUCAAUGCCUCUGAAGUCCAUUCAAAAGAUGGUAUUGAUAUUUAAAGUAUUAUGCAGAAAUUGUAUAAGGAUUAUAAUUAAUAACAAUUGUUAUAAUUAAUAUUAUGACCUUGUUAAAUUAGAAUUUGAAUAGUUGAAAACAAAAUGUCAUAAAUAUUUGAAUCCAAUUAUGUUCAGCCUACAUGUAAAAAUUAUUCUAUGAUUAAAAUGUUAAUGUAUGCGAAGCCCUAUAGUAGACCCGCGUAGGCAGGCUAUUAUUGUCAGAAUAUCAUUUUUAAACAAGCUUGUUCCGAUUUUGUCAUGACAUUAGGAAAUGUUUAAAACUGGUUAACAAAAAAAUCGUUUCAAUGCUAUGAAUUCGUUAGUUCCGUAUUCAGUAUCUAAGCAUAGUCAAUGAUUUUUUUUUUAUGUUUAACAUUGGAUAUCAUAGGAACAUGUUUUUAUCAGUUUUGCUAUUUUACUAUUUGAAUAACUGCUUCGGUAUUUCGGAACAAAGCAUCACAACUCCUUGAUUGCUCUCAAAAUGUAACAAUGGUUAAUAUGCUGCAUAGUUAGAGUAUGAACUAGUACGCUAAUUAGGUACCCUCGCGACAGCUGCUGAGGACAUGACAGUUGAAUGAACUGCCCUCGAAAUAGUGCGGCUCGGGACUAUUACAUCACCCUACUGAGGUGAACACACUGAAAUUAUUGUGAAAUACUUCUGAAAUAGUACUGAACAAUGCGAAAUUCUUCUAGGUUAAGCUUGAUUUUAAUUCCGUAAUGUUAAUUUGCAAUGUAAGCAUCUUUAGUUGAUAACAAUUUGCCACUUUAUGUUGUGUCAAGUUGCAUUAGAAAUUUAAAGGUCUACCCGUUGCCGUUUUAUUAGAUUCUGUGAAUCAUCAGUAAUUUUCACUGUUUAUUUGUGAUAAUUUUUAAUUGUAAGUAAAAGUGUCCAAUAAAAUGAAUGCAGAAAGCAAA